GAGCCACAUGGUCCAUCCCUGGAUUCUCCAAGCACUGACUGCCCAUCCACUCUGACACUGCCUGUCCAGCGUCCAUCCAUGGAGGUGACCACCAUGUCCCCACCUCCUGCCUCACCCACUGAAGGAGAUGAUCUGUGUGAAAUAGAUGUCACCACUGUGGCCAUACACAGUGUGACACUGCUCAUCUGCCUCUGUGGGCUGGCUGGGAACGGGGCUGUCCUUUGGUUCCUUGGCUCCCACUCCUUGUACAGGAACAGAACCCACCGUUACAUCCUCAUCUUGACUUUCUUGGACGUCCUCUUCCUCCUCUUUCUGGUUCCCUCUGCCCUGCUCUUCCUGGUGGAGGAUGUGUCCUGCUCUAUCAUCCUGCCAUUGCAGUAUGUGUGGCGGCUUUUCCAGGUGCCACUGGUGUCAUACAGCAUGUGGCUGUACACACUGACAUUCAUCAGCAUCAAGCGAUGCAGAUCCAUCCACUGCCCGCUCUGGCACUGCUGCCACCAUCCCCAGUGCCCGUCAUGGGUGGUGUUUGCCCUGUUUUGCGCAUUCAUCAUUGCUGUCAUCACUGUCAUUGCCGCAAUAAUUUGUCUGUGUGUGUUCCAGCUAUCUGGGCACUGCUUUCUCAUCUCCAUGUACGCCUUCAACCUCAUCUUUUGUGCUCCCUUCAUGUUAAUUUCCAGCAUAAUCCUCUUCAUUAAGGGCAAGUCUGGCUCCCAGCAGCAGCAACCCAAGAGGCUCGACAUUGUUAUCUGCAUCAUUGUGCUCUUCACUCUGCCCUGCAGCCUCUUGAAUUUCCUGCAGCAGCUCGGUUACGCCAUUUUGCCCUACCACCUGGCUUUCCUACUUAACUGCAUUCGCAACUGCAUCAACCCCAUCAUUUGCUUCUUGGUGGGGAGGUGCUGGAGGCCCUGCUCCAUGGGGUCCCUCUGGCUCUCCCUCCAGAGGGUCUUUGAGGAGCCAGAAGAAAACUCUGCCCACAGAAAUGAUCCUGCCAUGGACACUGUGCUCUGAGUCUGUGGAAUCUCCCCGCUGCACUGCUGAGGGACUCUUGGACUGUGGCUGAGGGACUCCUUAAUUCACGUGAUGAAUAAAUAUCUAAAGCGUCACCCUCCCUGUGCUGGUGCAUCCCCUACCCCCCUUCCAGUGAGAGGAAUAGUGGAUUUGUCCGUACAAACAAGCUGUGGGUCUGCUGGGAGUUAAAACUAGCAUGGGGAGAUAAAAGAAACAAUGGGAAGGAUUCCACUGAUUGAUGAAUAGAAAAAGAUAUUUGCUUUUACAAAUACACUUUAAGUUUGCUGAUAAAUGAAAUUAGACAUUGAAAGAUGAAAGAAACAAUGGUGAAGAAAAAACCCCUAUAUUCCGGAAGAAUUCAAAAUUAAAAGGGAGGGUUAUAUAUUAGAGGAAAAUCUUCAGUAUCUGGCAUAUCGGCAAGUCUGCAGCUCUCAAGUACCUCAGCCAAUGGGGAAAGAGAGAAGGGAAAUAGAGCUGGGAAAUUAGGGUAAAAAAGGAGGCUGCAUCCUCCAAAAAUUUGAGUCAUCCCAGGGGAAUGCACCAUGGCCCCCCCCUUAAUUUGAAUAAAGAAAAAGGACUUAUCUAUCUCCUUUUGGGACAAAAACCUCUGAUUGUAGAUUAAUUUUCCUGACACCACGUUGCAGUGGGAUCUCAGAAGUGCUCCUUAUGUCUCAGCCUUGAGGAGCAGCCCCUGGGCUCAGCUGCUCUGGCGCUGAUCAGAAACACCCUCUGCUCCCAGGAACUGCUGCUGUCCAACCACCUCCUGGGCCUUUAUCAACAGCCUUGGGAAUUGUUUUCCUUCCCUGAAGGCCACAGCAUCCCUGCUCUCCCACUUUCCCAGAGAGCUGCCUGCCCGAAGUGUGGCCAGGGUGAAACAUUGCUGUGAGUGACGCCCAUCCCUUGGGGCUGUGAGCAGCGGCCCAAAAGGAGACCCUUGGAGCUCUCCUGGGCCCAGCAGCGCUGAGCAGAAGCUCCCUGGGAGUGGGGCCUCUCCGAGCUGGGAUCUCUCCCGUCUGCUGCCCUCGGCUGAUCCCCGAACGCCGACGGCUCCUGGGCCGAUCCCCCAGUGCUCCAGGCCCAGCCCUUGGCCCGGUGAGGAGAUGAAAAGGGAUCCCCAGGGAGCAUUUCACUGCCUGCCAGGGGAAUUUCUCACAGGGACCUUGCACUGACUCUUUCAGGCCGUGUGCACACACGUGUGCAGCUGCUGUGGCAAAUGUGGCACAAAUGCUGCUCUCUCAGGUGUGUUAGUACCUCAGACAGUGGGUCAGGCCUGCAAGGUAGUUUCAUGCAACAAUUAGGUUGAAUGCUGUUAAGUAUUAGUCCUCUGAAUGGCUGAAUGGCUAAGUUUUAGGUAUAACUGAAGUAGUGUGAAAAACUGAAUUAACUGAUUACAGUUUUUAAAAGUUUAAUAAUAGUAAUAAUAAUUAUAGUAAUAGGAUAAAGAAUGGAUAAUAUUUCCAGCAGUGGGGUGCACCUGGCUAACAGCUAUAGAACACACUGGUGUAUGCAGGCAAUGUUAUCUUUAUACUGUUACAUUACUGGGAUACAUGUAAAUUUAUGUUUUUCAUGCAUUAUUUAAACAUUCUUGGAAACUUUCUAAUGUUUUGGGAACUCUUUUGUCUGACUUCACAGUCUGGCUUAUCUGCAUGACAUCCUGGGUGUUAUGUCAAUAUAUUUUAUUUCUUUUGUGUCUCUAUCUUGCUAUUUCAUAUCUUCUGAUAAAGAUUUAAUAUGUCUUCCGUAAAUUUAAUAUGGAAUUCUCUAAUUGUCCUCUUGUGUUCUGGUUUGUCUCACAGUUAUCUUAUAACUUGGACAGGUUGGGCAGUGGAUGACCUUACACUGUUUUUAGUUACACUAAAGCUUUUCUUUUCUUUUUUAUGUCUUAUGUUUUGCUAAGGUCUGUAACACAGUGCAUUCAUCACACUAUUAUUUCCAUAGUCAAAAACAGAUAUAAUAUUCAUUACACCACUACUUCUACGAGUAACACAGUUUAUAAUUAAGCUGGCAGAUUGUAUUAUAUUAGCAAGCAGUUAAAAAGAGUUAUAAUUGAUACUAUGUCUAAAUACUUGCAAUCACUAACAAUAUGCACACGCUAAUACAUAAAUGUAAAAGCCAAUUUUAUCCGGUUUCCCAGAUAAAUUUUUCCCAUUACUGUUAAGUUGGAGUGCUGUAAAGGGUUUGGGCCAUUUUCCCUUAAAUCCUUACCCUCACUGUCCUUUUGUCACCUGCCCUUGAACGCACACACAAACACACACAGGGACAGCACUUUGGUGUGCUCUUGCUUAAUAUAAAACCUGGUUUUUACUGA